GGCUGUUCCCUGGUGACCUCAGCAGGACUCUCAACCUUAGUCCAGCUGCGACACUUACAGGAGCUAGAGUUAACCAACUGUCCAGGAGCAACACCCGAGCUCCACCAUCACCUUCACCUCCACCUACCCAAGUGCCUCAUCAUUGAGUAGCAAAAAGAAAAAAGAAAUACUACUAAUAAAACAACAGUUCUACCCAGCAUACAAAAAACGGGUCUCUCAAAAGCAGUCAGGAAUAGAAAAACAAAAGGAAAACCUUAUACUCUUCUUAGACUAAUAGGUGUGACAUGUUUCCAUAUUGUAUUGGAGUUACAGUGCAUUCAGUAUUCUGUGGUGUCGUUUAUGUGCAUUUCCCUGGGAAGUAGGUGUUCUCCAUGCACGCGUAAAUUGGCAUUAUGAAAUAUAAUCCAUUAAUCAAAUGGACACAAACCUUAAAAUUUGCAGUGCAGUGUCUAAGUGUCUAACGUGUACAUUACCAUACAUCAUGAUGGAAAUAUGGUGAUACAUAUUGUGUAAUGACUAGGUGGAUUUAGAACACUGUUAAGGUUAUUGUGAUGAAAACAUUAGGAAAACCUUUAUGUACAAUUUACUGUGACAAAUUAUCUGAUUAAGUGUUUCUUUUUCAUAGAACUGAUACAUUUUUUUUACCAGUCAUGGUAUACUUAUUAAAUCUGAUUGACAAACUAAAAGUGGGAUGACUGUUGUUGAAUGUAGCGUAUGUAAGGUUGAAGUAUUUCUGUAGUUUUCAGCUCUUAAGACAAAACUAUAAAACUAUUGCUGUAUGUACUUGAUUUAUGUCUUUCAUUGAUGUGACACACUUUUACUGCUCAUAAUGAACCAAACAAGAAAAUGAAAACGGACAAUUUUAAUCUGAUCACGUCUGCUACCAGGGCGUCACACUGAAAUGACUCUGACAUGUCCAACUGGCCUAUGACAGAUAAAGGGAGUUUUACAGAUAGAAUAUCAGACUGUUCUUAUCAAGCAUGUCUAUCAUGCAAAAUGGGUAUUAUGGGGGAAUAGAUUGUACCAGUGUGGGCGGCACACUUGCAGGGCAUCUUCCUCACCGCCCAUUGUAACUGAAGAAUCAUUAACACAUAGUGCUAAUAUUAAGGCGUACUGCUCAUUUCAUAAUCCAUAUUGUUUUACCAUGUGAAUAGCACAGAGAGCAAUAACAUAUAUUUGAUUAUUUGACAAUACUGUACUAUGGAACAGUCCUGUGACAGAUGUCCCUCUUUUGGUAACUGGUAGCCUGAAACUGGUUAUGCACAAGGAUUAUUAUUCAGUGCAUUGUAUAUUUUCUUUCUCUUUUUGUCUGUGCAUAAAUAGGUGCUUGAUUGAGAGUUUUGCUUUAGUUACAAUGCAAUAUUUGGAAUGAAAACAGAGUUUAUCUUCAGUAAACAAAACUGUAUCAGGUCUUAUUGUAGAAAUACACAAAUUCUGUGGAUAUUGAAGUAGUCAAGCUAUGUACCUGUAUGUCAUCAAAUAGAGUUUGAACUGUGUGGUUGCAUUUUGAAUUACACUGUAGGUUUUGCAAUGUUUGUUUUGAAGUCUUUAGGCUUAACAUAUAACUGGUUGACACUGGAGGUUCAUUAACACACACACACACACACACACACACACACACACACACACACACACACACACACACACACACACACACACACACACA